AUGCGUGCCUCUGUCAUCAUCCUCGGCUUCCUCGCCACUCUCACUGUCGCCCUCCCCGAGCCAUAUCCUAAGGCCGCAAUCUCAUGCCAAUCUGAUACUAUGGCCUGCACGGCUGCCAACUGUGCCAUCGAAGGAUGCUGCUGUGAGGGUCUUACUUGCGGAUCCAAUGGUGUAAGUGCCGAGCCCCAACGCGAGAUAUAG